AGAGCCGGCGCGGCGGCUCCGAACCAUGCGGCCGGCAACCGGGCCCUGCCCGCGGGACGGCACCGCUCGGGGACUAAAACUCUGUGGAUACAAUGAAGUGGCUCUGGGACCCUUGGUUUAGCAGGAAAAAUUAAAUAAAGCAAUCUGUUUCCAGUACUAGGAGUAACGACCAGUAAAGACAAAGCAGGAUGAAAAGAUGGCUGACUUCUUGUUACCACCGGGUACUAACAGCUUCCACCGGUUCACGCCUGAAUCCUUGGCUGCUAUUGAGAAACGAAUUGCGGAGAAGCUUGCAAGGAAUGCAAAGCAGGAGUAUAGAGAGCAGCUGGGCGAAGAAGAGAAGCCUCAGCCUCAGUUUGAUUUGCAAGCUUGCAAGAAGCUGCCGGAUAUCUAUGGGACUGUUCCUCCAGAGCUCAUUGGAGAGCCAUUGGAGGACCUUGACCCUUUCUACAAUGAUCGUAAGACAUUUAUAGUACUGAACAAAGGGAAGACAAUCUUUCGAUUUAGUGCCACUCCUGCCUUGUAUAUACUUAGUCCUUUCCAUCCAAUCAGAAGAGCAGCAAUUAAAAUUUUGUUAUUUACAUUGUUCAGUAUGUUUAUUAUGUGCACUAUUUUAACUAAUUGUGUAUUCAUGGCACAAUCAGAGACUCCGUCAUGGAAUAAAUACGUUGAGUACACUUUCACUGGCAUUUACACUUUUGAAUCAUUGAUAAAAAUACUGGCGAGAGGAUUUUGCAUGACAGAAUUCACCUUCCUUCGAGACCCGUGGAACUGGCUGGAUUUCAGUGUUAUUGUUAUGGCAUACAUAACUGAAUUUGUGGACCUGGGCAAUGUCUCAGCCUUACGAACGUUCAGAGUGCUGCGGGCGCUGAAAACAAUCUCAGUCAUUUCAGGACUGAAGACCAUUGUAGGGGCACUCAUCCAGUCUGUUAAGAAACUUGCUGAUGUGAUGAUCCUGACCGUUUUCUGCUUGAGUGUCUUUGCCCUCAUAGGCCUCCAGCUCUUCAUGGGCAACUUGCGACACAAAUGUGUCAGGGACUACACCAAGUUUAACUUCACCAACGGCACGUUGUACUUGGAUGGUAGGAUGUGGAACACCUCAGAGGAAUUUCUUAGUGAUCCAGUGAACUAUUUCAUAAAAAAUGGUACAGAGGAUGUGUUACUGUGUGGCAAUAGCACUGAUGCUGGCACGUGCCCUGAGGGAUAUAUAUGUCUGAAGGCCGGGGAAAAUCCCGACCAUGGUUACACAAGCUUUGAUACUUUUGGCUGGGCCUUUCUCUCUUUGUUUCGUCUUAUGACUCAAGAUUGUUGGGAACGCCUUUAUCAACAGACUCUCAGAUCUGCUGGGAAGAUCUACAUGCUAUUUUUUAUGCUGGUCAUCUUUCUGGGAUCAUUUUAUCUGGUCAACCUGAUUCUGGCUGUUGUGGCCAUGGCGUACGAAGAGCAGAACCAAGCCACUAUUGCUGAAACAGAGGAGAAGGAAAGAAAGUUUCGAGAAGCCAUGGAGAUGUUAAAGAAAGAGCAGGAGGCACUAGCUGCUAAAGGAAUUGAUUCAAUGUCACUUAGUUCAUUGGAAAUGUCACCUUCAGCGUCAAAAAAUGCCAAGGAAAGAAGAAAUAAGCGAAAGAAAAAGAAAUCUUUGGGGACAGAAGAGUAUGGGGAAGACCAAAAGAAUCCCAAGUGUGACUAUGAUGAUAGCCAGAGGAGAAUGACUCUCCUUGGCCUUAGUUAUGGUCCCAGCGCACACUUGGUGAAGCGCAGAACCAGCCACGGGAGCAUAUUCAGUUUCCGACUCCGUGGCAGAGACACUGGCUCCGAAACAGAUUUUGCCGAUGAUGAGAUCAGCACUGCUGGGGAAAAUGAAAGCCACCGGGGCUCUCUCUUAAUUCCAAGAUCUGGGAGGCGUCUGAGCGUGCAAAGUCAAGUGAGCCAUAGUUCUCACCCUACUACUCCCAACUACACCCAGACGGGCAAAAGGAACAGCUCAGUGGAUUGCAAUGGUGUGGUUUCCCUGAUAGGAGGAGGCACCGGGGCACUCAACCCAGACCCUACUUCUCCUGCAGGGUUACUGCUCCCCCCAGUUAUUAUGGAAAAGCCUGGGACAGGCGACCUGACCUCCCCCUCGGACGAGGCAAGCAAGAAGCAGCUUUUAAUGACCCACCGCCCAUCGGUGGACCACUCGGACGAACCCUUUCAGAGGCAGAGGGCGGUGAGCGCUGUCAGCAUCAUCACCAGUGCCCUGGAAGAGCUUGAGGAAUCACACCAGAAAUGUCCUCCGUGCUGGAACCACUUUGCUGUUAAAUUUCUCAUUUGGGAUUGCUGCCCACUUUGGCUUUUAAUCAAGAAAUUUGUCAAGUUCGUGGUAAUGGACCCGUUUACUGACCUCACCAUCACCCUUUGCAUUGUGCUGAACACGCUCUUCAUGGCCUUGGAGCAUUACAAGAUGACGAAGGAGUUUGACCACAUGCUUUACAUAGGCAAUCUGGUCUUCACUGGGAUUUUUACAGCAGAAAUGAUCUUCAAAGUAAUUGCCCUUGAUCCCUACUACUAUUUUCAGCAGGGCUGGAAUAUUUUUGACAGCAUAAUUGUUAUACUAAGCCUGAUGGAACUGGGUUUGUCCAGCAUGGGAAACCUGUCUGUUUUACGCUCCUUUCGAUUGCUGCGAGUCUUCAAAUUGGCAAAGUCCUGGCCGACCUUAAACACACUCAUUAAAAUCAUUGGUAAUUCGGUGGGCGCCCUUGGAAACCUCACUCUUGUGCUGGCAAUCAUCGUCUUUAUUUUUGCCGUGGUAGGAAUGCAGCUUUUUGGGAAAAGCUACAUGGACAACGUGAAGAAAAUAAGCACGACUGGCAAUUUGCCACGGUGGCACAUGAACGAUUUCUUCCACUCGUUCCUCAUCAUCUUCCGUAUUUUGUGUGGGGAGUGGAUCGAGACCAUGUGGGACUGCAUGGAAGUCGCUGGGCAGCCGCUGUGCCUUCUCGUCUUCUUGUUGGUCAUGGUGAUAGGAAACCUGGUGGUGCUCAACCUGUUCCUGGCCUUGCUGCUAAGCUCUUUCAGUGCUGACAACCUUUCCGCACCAGAUGAGGAUGGGGAGAUGAACAACCUGCAGCUUGCUUUUGCUCGGAUCAACAGGGGUCUUCAGUAUGUGAAACGCACGACAUGGAAUUUUUGCUGCAAUGUUCUCAGGCACCCCAAGACGACAGCUGAAAAGAAGGCAAUGAUGAAGCUUGCUGCCCAGAACACGGGUGCCCUUAACAAUUGCAUGAACAGUCACACAACUGCUGAGCUUGGCAAAGACAUGGAGAAUCACAAAGAGAACCACGCUGAGGAUGGGAUGACUAAAAAUGGGGAGAAACACCUAGGAAUUACAGACAACGAUGAUUUUAUGACCAAUCCUGACCUUUCAAUUUGUGUUCCUAUUGCUGUGGGAGAGUCGGAUAUUGAGGAGGAAGAUGAGGAGCAAAGCACCUUUACGGAAAUGGAGCAGGCUUUUGAAGAUAUUUACCUUGAAGACAGAAAGAACAUAAAAACUAUGCUGGAUUAUGCUGACAAGAUAUUCACUUACAUCUUUGUCUUGGAAAUGCUCCUGAAAUGGGUGGCUUAUGGCUUCAAGAAGUAUUUCACCAAUGCCUGGUGCUGGCUUGACUUCCUAAUUGUAGAUGUCUCUUUAAUAAGCCUCAUAGCCAAUACACUUGGAUACUCUGAGAUGGGUCCCAUUAAAUCCCUCAGGACCCUCCGAGCCCUGCGACCUCUGAGAGCACUGUCACGAUUCGAAGGGAUGAGGGUGGUUGUCAAUGCCCUCGUGGGAGCCAUCCCUUCCAUCAUGAAUGUUCUGCUUGUCUGCCUCAUCUUCUGGCUCAUCUUUAGCAUCAUGGGAGUGAACCUCUUCGCUGGGAAGUUUGGGAAGUGCAUUAAUAAGACAGAAGGAGAUAUGCCUUUAGACCCUAAAAUUAUUAACAACAUGAGUGACUGUAUACUCUAUAAUGUGUCAGGCACAUUUUACUGGACGAAAGUUAAAGUUAACUUCGAUAAUGUUGGUGCUGGGUACCUGGCUCUGCUACAAGUGGCCACAUUUAAAGGUUGGAUGGACAUUAUGUAUGCAGCAGUGGAUUCACGAGAGUGUGAGGAGCAGCCUGAAUGGGAGUCUAAUUUAUACAUGUAUCUGUACUUUGUGAUUUUCAUCAUCUUCGGGUCUUUCUUCACAUUGAACCUCUUCAUUGGUGUCAUCAUUGACAAUUUUAACCAACAAAAGAAAAAGAUAAGUGGCCAGGAUAUCUUUAUGACAGAAGAACAGAAAAAGUAUUAUAAUGCAAUGAAGAAGUUGGGAUCUAAGAAACCUCAAAAGCCAAUCCCAAGGCCACUGAACAAAUACCAAGGUUUUCUUUUUGAUGUUGUCUCAAAACAAAUCUUUGAUGUCUCCAUCAUGAUUCUCAUCUGCCUUAACAUGGUUACCAUGAUGGUGGAAACAGAUGACCAAAGUCAAGAAAAAGUGAACAUCCUCCAUAAAAUCAACAUGCUUUUUGUUGCCAUCUUCACUGGGGAGUGCAUCAUCAAGAUGCUGGCCCUGCGACACUACUACUUCACCAAUGGCUGGAACAUAUUUGACUUUGUCGUCGUGAUUCUGUCUAUCGUAGGCACCGUACUUUCUGACAUCAUCCAGAAAUAUUUCUUCUCUCCCACACUCUUCAGAGUCAUUCGCUUGGCUCGGAUUGGCCGGAUCUUAAGACUCAUUCGGGGAGCCAAAGGAAUUCGAACUCUCCUGUUUGCCUUAAUGAUGUCCCUACCUGCUCUGUUCAACAUUGGACUCUUGCUUUUUCUGGUCAUGUUCAUUUAUGCCAUUUUUGGCAUGGCUAACUUUGCCUAUGUUAAGAAGGAGCAUGGGAUUGAUGACAUGUUCAACUUCCAAACCUUUGCUAACAGCAUGCUCUGUCUCUUCCAAAUCACAACAUCAGCUGGCUGGGAUGGUCUUCUCAACCCUAUUUUAAACACUGGACCACCGUAUUGUGACCCAAACCUUCCAAAUGCAAAUGGUUCGAAGGGAGACUGUGGGAGCCCUGCCAUAGGGAUUUUAUUCUUUGUUACUUAUAUCAUUAUAUCAUUUCUCAUUGUUGUAAACAUGUAUAUAGCCAUUAUUUUAGAGAACUUCAGUGUAGCCACUGAGGAAAGUACAGAGCCUCUAAGUGAGGAUGAUUUUGAUAUGUUCUAUGAAAUCUGGGAGAAGUUUGACCCUGAAGCCACUCAGUUUAUUGAGUAUUCUGCACUUUCAGACUUUGCAGACGCACUGUCAGAACCUUUGCGCAUAGCGAAACCAAACAAAAUCAAACUCAUAGCAAUGGACUUGCCCAUGGUCAGUGGAGAUAGGAUCCAUUGCUUGGAUAUUUUGUUUGCUUUUACAAAACGGGUGCUAGGAGAAUCUGGAGAGAUGGAUGCCCUUAAAAUACAGAUGGAAGAAAAGUUCAUGGCAGCAAAUCCGUCUAAGAUCUCUUACGAACCAAUUACAACAACUCUCAGACGGAAACAAGAAGAGGUCUCUGCCAUCGUCAUCCAACGGGCCUACAGGAGACAUUUGUUUCGGCGCUCCAUGAAGCAGGCAUCUUACUUGUACCGGCACAGAACUUUUGACGGCAGCAUCCUUGAGGAUGAUGCACCCGAGAAGGAGGGUCUCAUUGCGUUCAUGAUGAACGAAAACUAUGGCAGGCCAAUAGACAAAUCAGAAACUCUGUCCUCCACGUCUUUCCCUCCAUCCUACGACAGCGUCACCAGAGGUACAAGUGAUAAUCUGCAGCUGAAGAUGACAGACUCGAGCAAAAGUGAUGAGGCUAUCGACUGUCUGCUCUCACCAGACAGGGAUAAAGAAUCAAUUGUUUAAAUGUUUGUUUAGAAUGCUUUAAAAUACUGUUUACAGAAUGUAAUGCUGUAACUACACAACGAUUGAAGCAGCCUUCUUAUUAAACAUUAGUUGCAAAAGAAAUAACGGAGUUUUUACCCUUACCUACAGGAGUCUAAUAAGUCAUAUAACCUUUGACUCUGCUCUUUUUGACUUGGCUCAAUAUUUAUAUUUACAUAUGCACAGGAAAAAUCUUUGCAGGGUCAUAGCUGUUAUAUCAAUGGUGUGAAUAAGAAUAUGCUAGACUUUAAAACAGUAAACACAGUGUAUAUCUAUCCACAGAUAAAGCCUGGCUGUAUACAUUCAUUUAAGGUCUUACUCAUAUUAGUGUGUUUACUUAUGGCAAUGUAUGA